AUGCGUACCCCAAUAUCCUACGAAAUAAGUUGUGCAUCCUAUGAAGUAAGUACAACAUCAGUAGUAGUAGUAAUGGCGAGACAUGGAGUAGUGGCCAUUGAUUUGGGACAAAAGUAUCUUCAACCACAGGAUUUCACUCUCGCUGAAAUUACCCCAGUGAAGAGGAUCAGUGAGGAACAACUAAGUUCCAUUAUCAAUUCUCAACUCUUUGAGGGUGAUAUUGUGGGUAUCGACACGGUAACACCAAUAUCGUCGCUGAUUUUAAGAGAUGAACCAUUGGACCCAUACGAUUAUUUAUUCAAAAUCCCUUUUCAUAGCGCAUUAAACUUGGCAACAUACAAAGAUAAGCUAUGGCCAAAUGGACAAAUACCAUAUUUGUUAGAAGAAGGGAUGUCUGUAUCGCAAAGGAUAGCCAUUGCGCAAGCUUUCGAUGAAUACAAAAACAAAACCUGCAUAAAAUUUGUACCAAAAACUAAUGAUGAUAUCGAUUAUAUCGUUAUCAGAAGAAACACAGCCUUCGGUUGUUCGUCAUAUGUUGGACGAGCUGGCGGCAACCAGACGCUAUCCUUAGAAGUUAAUAAAUGUUUUGCAAAAGGAAUUAUUGCACAUGAGUUGAUGCAUACGAUUGGAUUUUUUCAUGAGCACUCACGUACCGAUCGCGACAAAUACGUAGACAUCAUCGAGGAAAACAUUCGACCCGGGAUGCUACGAAACUUCGAAAAAUAUCCACGAAAAGUUAUUGAUUCAUUGGGAAUGCCCUACGAUUAUGAUUCGAUUAUGCACUAUCACAGACAGGCAUUUUCCAAGAAUGGCCAAUCAACUAUUUUACCUAAAGAUCGAAGUGUAAGAAUUGGACAGCGAUACAGACUGAGUGUUAUUGAUGUGAAAAAGAUAAACAAGCUUUAUAAGUGUAAUCAACCAGCUAUGUCAUCACUGCCUCAGACAACAACAACAGUAGCCACUGCUGCUACAGUAACCGAUGAAAGAACCGUCAGAACCACAACGUUGUCCGCCUCUAGCACAAGUGAUCGAUCGGAAAAUCGGAAAACACAAAAAUUUCGCACUCUUCGAACUAGAAAACCCCUAAUCACUCAACCUAUCACUAGUACUGUAAAAGAAAUAACAGAAUUGGUCACAGUUUGUGAGGAUCUAAAUGCACACUGUGAAAUAUGGCAACAACUUGGCCAUUGUCAAUAUUCACCAAAGUAUAUGGGUCACUAUUGCAAAAAAACAUGUGGACUCUGUCCACCAAAAACAAGUAAAAAGAAAUCAAAUCAGAAAACUCAAUCAUCACGAUGUUUGGAUAAGAAUUUAUUCUGCAGUUAUUGGGCAAGCAUCGGGGAAUGCAAUACCGAAAGUAAAUUUAUGAUGAUAUUCUGCAAACGAUCUUGUAACAAUUGUGCAACAAAGCGGGAGAUGCUGUUUAGCAAUAAAUGA